CUCACCUCAGUAUUGACCACAGGACUUUUUCUAAAGUAGUUUAUGUUACUGAAAAUGUUAUAGUGAAUAUAGGAGCCUUGGAGCGGAGUGGAAAUGGGCACAGUGUGUGCUCACAGGCACCGGUAGAUGUUCUGUCAACAUCUCUGUAGCCACCUGGGGCCUCGUGCUGGGAAUGAGGCUGCUGAGCACCCAGAGGUGAAAUGUGGCACCCAGAGAUCACUGACCAGAAACUGGGCACAGAAGGCAGGAAAGCUCCUGAGAGACAGACACACAGGCUCUGUCCCCCUGGCUCUCUUAAGCCGCUGGUUUCUCAGAGCCGGGAGUGGAAGCCAACAUUUAAAAAUAUAAGGCAGCUGCCUGCUUGCUGGCACAAUUUCGUAAGGAAUGUGGGGCUUAUGACUUGGUUGAACUGUAGGCCAGCAAGUUGGUUCAGCAAUGUAGAGACGCGUGCAGUGCAAGUCCUGGAGACCUGGUGCCCACCUAAGGGAAGGGAGGAGAGAACUGACUCCACAGAAUUGUCUCUGACCUUCACACUCACACCAUGGCAUGCUUGUCCCCGCAUAUAGGUUAUGCACAGCUGUGCGAAUGCAUAGACACUAAACAGGUCCAUGGCUGGGGAAGGACCUCACCAACUGCCUGCAUCUGGUCUAAGAGGAAAGUGAAAAGGGGGCGGGGAGGAGAAGGCACCACUGGCGGCAACAACUGCUUGUUGUGUAUGAGUCUUUCUCAAGGGAGUCUGGAGCCCCGGUCCCUCGCAGAGGUUGGGAAGCUGGAGACAACUGCUGUGGCUGAGGUGAGCUCCCAGAAGAGCUGGAGCUCUGAGAAGAACUGGAACAGCCCCUCCCAGGGCCCCCGCAGCGCUUCUAGAGAGCCCAACAAGCUCUGCUUUCCCACAUACUUGCAUGGAGAAAAAAAAAGCCUGCAAAUCAAGGAAUUUAUCUGGUGCAUGGAAGACUGGGGUAUCCCCGAGACAAUUAGCAGCAAGGCCUGCAGGAACCCCAGCGGAAGCACCGACCAAGGGCUCUCCAUCUCUGAUUCCCUUGCAUCCAAGGCUCUUGUGGUUCUACCCCCACUGAAAAGCUCUCCCCAUAACUUGGACGUCUUGAGUAAGAAAAGCAGGAGUAUCUUCUGGCAGCCAGAAGAGAAGGUGCUGAGGGUGGAAAAGGACGAGUGUGUGGCUUGUGCAGACGGACUAAAAACAGUAGACGGGAAAGGUGAAAAGAGACACUUUGAGCUGGCCAGCCGCCUGAAGGUCACCAACGUUCUACCUUUCCCUCCCACUGUGGCCCGGACACACCUGCUGUCAGCUGAGUCCCAAAGGUGCUGCCUGCACUGGUCCCUCCUGCCCCAGAAAAGCUCUGUGUUCCCACCCAACCCCACCAACAUCCACUAUCUUGCCACCCUGCAGGUUUUGGGGCAGCAGGGAGGGCAAAGCUGCAGAACUAGGCUAAAAGCCAAAGAAGCAAAACCUCCCAGGACCACUCCCAAGCAUAUUAUCACAGAGGCCAAGCAAGAGAACAGGCCUCGUGUGCUAGAGAGCAAAGUCUUCCCCAAACCUCUCUUGCCGUCCCUCACGGUGAGCAGGGUUGUCAUCCCAGUCUCCACCCACAGAGUCCUCUGAUUUGCCACAAUAUAGUUCCCUGGGACUGA